GGUGCGGGGCGGGGUGGGGCUGGUCCUGAGGGCUCAGGAGGUGGGCCCUGGAGAUGAAGGCAAAAAUGCAGGGAGGGCCGACGGGCGUCAGCCUGGGGCUGCGGUUUGCCCUUGACCUCGCUGCGGGCCCCAGGUUCGGCGGAAGCAGCAGCUGGUCAGUUGGAGCCAGGCCCGGCCACCGCCGCCUGCUGUUUCUCCUGCAUCUGCCCCGCAAGACGGCCCUGGCGUCUUUGUGUCAGAGAAGCUUGGAGACCACACAGAGCCCGACCACGAAGGACCCCACCCUCCUGCUGGGGCCGCAGGGACCUGGCGACAGACAGCGUCCUGUCCAUAUUCUCAGGAAGGCCUUGGCGUGGGUGAGGUGCCCAGACCCCUAAGCACCCGGCCGCUCACAGAGAGGGGCAGUGGCCCCCGGGGAGCCAGGCGCGGCUGGUUUCUCAGUGGUCCCGCCAGAGGGCACUGGACAUGUGGACAGGCAGGAACCCCGUGUUCUGGGGAGAAGGGAACCCCCAAGCCCAUGACCCAGAAAUUGCAUUUCCCUGAUGCGGUCCGUGCAGGGCAGGUGGAGGGAAGCUGGGAGAAGGAGGAUGGCUUGCCGGGCAGAGGGACCCGUGUGGGCAAAAGCGUGGGGGAUGAAGGGCCGGGAGGCUGUGGGGUCCUGGGCAGGGCAGAAUCUAGGGCUCAGGACUGCCAGCACCCAUGGGACACAGUUGGGCAGAAAGCCAGGACUGGUUUGGGGACAUUACUGGUUGGCAGGCCGGCUCUUCGGCGAGGGGCUUCUAGACUGAGCUUGGCAGAGACCAGGUCUCUUGGCCAGAAGGGGAGGAGCAGGGAGUGCCCCCGCAAGCCACCCUGUGCAGAGAUGGGCUGGGGGCAUGGCCUCCAUCUGCCAGUUCCUGGCCCAAGUUCUUUCUAAAUUUGUGCUCUUAGCAGGGCCCUGAGCCAUGCAUAGGUCUUUGCCAGCUCUGGCUCUUCUGUCCCAGCAUGUGCUCCCUGUGCUGGGGCUCUAGGCUGGGGUACAGGGAAGAGAAAGGGGACGAUGAGGGCGACCGAGCCCCAGCCCUGGUGGAAGAGGAGAGAACAGAAGCAAGGCCUCCUGUGUGUGCCCCCCCCCACCAUCGGGGCUGGGGGAGGGAAGACGGGGGCGGGGGGCCUGGAGGACCCCAGCCCAAAGGACCCUGCGUGGCCUGCACUCCUGCUUACCGGCCCCCUGGACACACCCACACCCCUCUCCGUGGGUCCUGCAGGGAGUCAGGGGCCGGAGGUGUCCCUGGGGAGGUGGGGGUCUGUGGAGGACAGGCUGAGGUGCAAGGGCACGUGGGGGCCCAGGGGAGGUGAUGCCCUUGGCCUCACUGGGUGUCCUGGGCCUGGACUGAGCCAGGAGGGCAGGGAUGGCUGCAGGGCUGAGGAGGCAAGGUGACCCACCAGCCCAGGUCUCCUGGUAGAGCCAGCCAGGCCUCCCCCUCUGGCGCCUCCGUCCAGCCUAAGUCCCGCCCGUGCCGCACCCCUGACUCACUUCCUCUGCACAGAAGCGGAAACCUCCCCAGAGCUUCCUCCGCUGCAGACGCUCCCUGGGGACCCGCAGGUGUCGCUGCCCCUCCAAGCCUUGGUUGACCAUUGAGGCCCCUGACCCCACACGGACCCUCCCCAGGAAGCCAGCUCUCUCUGCUCCCUGAGGCUCAGGCCCCAGCCUCUGGCCUGGGCAGGGGGCCGCCCUGGGGGACGGGGGCCAGCAAGAGCCUGACCUGAGCAGCCGCAGGGCGAGCGACCUGCAUGCCGAGCGCCGCCCCUGCGCCAUGGACCGCGGCCAGCCCAGCCCGGAGCCCGCGGCCGCGGCCCCGGCCCGCGGCCCGAACGUGAUCGCCCCCGUGCGCGCCGUGGUCCGGCUGCGCCGCCGCGUGUGCCUCCUGCGCACGCGGCGCCUCCCGACGCCCGGAGCCGGGCCGGACUUCGGGCCUGGGGCGCCGCGCGCAAACCUGCACCAGCCGCAGUUCUUCACCUUCGAAGGCCCGGCGGAGCUGUCCUCGAGGGCGCCGCGGAAGAGGCGCCGGCGCAGCCGCGUGGUUCUCUACCCCGAGACCUCGCGCAAGUACCGGCCGCAGGCGGAGCGCCGGAGCCGCGCGCAGCGCUGCUUGUUGCUGCUCGUGGCCAUCGUGGGCUUCCAGGUGCUCAACGCCAUCGAGAACCUGGACGAUAACGCGCUGCGCUAUGACCUCGACGGGCUGGAGAAGGCGCUGCAGCGCGCCGUGUUCGGCCAGCCUUCGGCCGUGGGGCGCAUCGUGGCGCUGCUGCGGGACUACCUGGCCACGCACGUGCACAGUCGCCCGCUGCUCCUGGCGCUGCACGGGCCCAGCGGCGUGGGCAAGAGUCACGUGGGCCGCCUGCUGGCACGCCACUUCCGCGCGGUGCUGGAGGACAGCGCGCUCGUGCUGCAGUACGACGCGCGACACCACUGCCCGGACCCCCGCGCCGCGCAGGACUGCCGGGAGGAGCUGGCGCAGCGCGUAGCUGACGUGGUGGCGCGGGCCGAGGCCGAGGAGAAGACCCCGCUCCUGGUGCUGGACGAGGUGGAGCUCCUGCCGCAGGCGCUGCUGGAUGAGCUGCACGGCUUCCUGCAGCCGCAGCGCUCACACCACUUCCACAACGCCAUCUACGUGCUCCUCAGCGGCGCCGGCGGCGCGGAGGUCACGCGCUUCGUGCUGCAGAACGCGUCCCGCGCGCUGGCCCUGCGCCCCGACGGCGCCCACGGGGCCCGUGCCGCUGCGAUGGCGGCACAGGCCGAGGAGGAGCUGCGCGUCCGCCUGCAGGCGCUCCUGGUCCGCGAGCACCCGCUGUGGCAGGCCGCGGCCAUCGUGCCUUUCCUGCUGCUGGACAAGCGGGAUGUGGUCAACUGCUUCCGGGAUGAGAUGGCCGGGGAGGGCUUCUUCCCAGAGCAGGCCCACGCCGAGCUUCUGGCCGCGAGGCUCAGCUACUACCGCGUGGCGGGCCGUGAGUUUGCCGUCACUGGCUGCAAGCAGGUGGUGGCCACUGUGAACCUCCUGUAGCACAGCAGACGCCAGAGGGCACAAUGGGCCGGGUCGCCGGGACGAUGGUGGCAAUAGGAGGGAGGGACCCCUGUGGGUUUGCCCCAGGCUUCUGAGGCCCUAAUAAAUCUGUCCCUGACUCCCC